CGCCUUUCUCUCUCUCCCUUCUUUAUUACCUUUACUUUUUAGUAAUUUCCAUUCCCCGUAAUUUCGCCUCGCCGCCCUCCUCCUUUUCCUUCCUCCCUCUAGCUACCUAGUACCGCAGCACCAGAACAAGAGGGAGUGAGCUCCUUCUACUGAGCUGAACCCAGCUGCGAGAGUGGCGUUCGUUGCUGGCGAGAAGAAGAAGCUGAGGAAGAGCAAGGCGUAAAGUCGCCGCCGCCGAUCUAAUCCAUCCCGUUAGGUCAGACGAGAACCGCUCGCUCCGAAGUAGAGGCUCAAACCGCAGCAGCAGCCGGAAGAAGCGGACGCCGUUGCUGCCCGGACUAGAUCUGGGCCAAAUGGAGGCCAAGGACGUCGCGCCGCUCCCCGCCGCCACCGCCGCCAGCCCCGCGCCGCCCGUGCCGGCUCCGGUCUCGCAGGCUAAGCCGGCGCCACAACCGAUCACCUCGAUGCCGCCGCACGCGCACCCACAGCCGCCGCCCACCUCGAUGCCGCCGCACGCGCACCCACAGCCGCCGCCCACCUCCAUGCCGCAGCACGCGCACUCGCACGCACCGCCGCCGCACUCGCACUCCCAGCCGCCGCCGCCGACUCACGCGCACAAGCAGCCACCGCAGCCGCUCCCGUUCGCGCACCACCAGCCCCACCACCACCAGCACCAGCAGCCGCAACACCAUCAGCAGCAGCCGGCGCCCGGCUCGGGGACCCCGCCGGCGCCCAUGCCGGGGAGCGGCAUGCGCCUCUCCUUCGACCAGAUGGUAGGCAAGCCGCCCGGGGAGCCGCAUCACCAGCAGCACCCGCAUCAGCAGCACCAUGCCCCGGGCCCCAUGCUCUACAACGCGCCGCAGCCCUACGCGACGGUCCCGCCGCCGGGCGCCAAUGCGCUCGGGAUGGGCGAGCUCAUGCGCAAGAAGCGGGGCCGCCCGCGCAAGUACGCGCCAGACGGGAGCAUGGCCCUCGCGCUCGCGCCCCUCUCCUCCGCCUCCGGCGGCGCGCCCACGCCGCCGCCCGGACAGCAGCAGCAGCCGCACGGAUUCUCCAUCAGCAGCCCCCCGUCAGAUCCCAACGCCAAGCGCCGUGGCCGGCCCCCUGGCUCCGGCAAGAAGAAGCAGUUCGAAGCACUGGGUUCUUGGGGCAUCUCCUUCACUCCGCACAUCCUCUCCGUCAAGGCCGGCGAGGAUGUUGCUUCAAAAAUAAUGUCCUUCUCUCAGCAAGGACCUCGCACGGUUUGCAUUCUUUCAGCAAAUGGUGCAAUAAGCAACGUGACACUUCGGCAGCCAGCUACAUCUGGUGGACUAGUGACUUAUGAGGGCCGCUUCGAGAUCAUUUCUCUUUCUGGUUCUUUCCUGCUUGCGGAGGAUGGUGACACUCGUAGCAGGACUGGUGGAUUGAGCGUUGCACUUGCAGGAUCUGAUGGCCGGGUGCUUGGUGGAUGUGUAGCUGGGCAGCUAACGGCUGCUACACCUGUUCAGGUUGUUGUUGCUAGUUUCAUAGCGGAAGGUAAGAAGUCAAAGCCGGCUGAGCCAAGGAAGGUUGAACCAAUGUCCGCGCCUCCACAGAUGGCCACCUAUGUGCCAGCUCCAGUGGCCAGCCCUCCCUCUGAGGGCACAUCCAGUGGAUCUUCUGAUGACUCUGGCAGCCCCAUGAACCAGGGCGGGAUGCCCUACAACCACUCUGGGCAGCCGCAGCAGCAGCCGCCGCACCCUCAGCAGCACAUGCCCCCUGCGUACGCAUCUGGCGGCUGGUCGCUCUCGCACCAUCAGAACAACAACAGGCAUGACGCUGACAUGAAGAUGAUGUCGAAUUAACGCCGCAUAUUCUCAGCCUUUGAAGAGAGCCUUAUUUGUUGGCUGGGCUGGAGAGGAGGAGCUGAUAGUUUUCUGGCCGACCUGCUAGCUAGGAGAUUUAGGUUCAUCAUGAUCUCACCUGCUGUUUUUUCCUAAGAUUAAUCUAGCUGCUGUCUGUAAUGCUGUGGCUCUUGUAAGCCGCAGUCACUAACGUGAGUUAUUAUCGUCGUCAUGUACUGGUGCCUUCUGAGAUCUUUACCGCUUAGGCUAGUCGUUUGAUUGCUCUCUGCUGCGGAUGAUGAAUUCUGUAGGAUGUUUUUUUUAUUUCAAUUCAAGAACUUUAGGAUGUUUGCUUGCCA